AUGAACGCUGGGCAACGUCAGGCGGCUGGCGCGAUGAUGGCACCCGGGGGCUGUCAGGCCUACGCUCCUUGCGGCCCCGAAGGGCAUGCAGGUUAUCAGCAACAAAACGGAAGGUCAUAUUCGCAACAGUAUGACGCCCAACAGGCAACUGCUCGAGGGUACACAACUCAGCAAGUACAGUACAGAAAUCCACAUCCUUCAGAGGUGGCUCCGUCGAACGUCGUUCAGCAGCAAGCGUCUGUGCAACAUCACGCCAGCGGCCAGCAGCCGGGGCCGCACGACGCAGCCGCUGCCGCCCAGCAGCACAACAGCGGCGCUCAGCACCCCGUCUCGAGCUCCCAGCAGGAGGGCCAACAGCGGAAACAACAUCACUCGUCGAAGCCGACUGCAAGCAUGCCGAGGCCCCAUUCAGACUGGCAAAUCCCCGACCGCUAUGAAAUCCGCCAUCUCAUCGGGACAGGGUCAUACGGCCACGUAUGUGAAGCUUAUGAUAAACUCGAGAAGCGAGUGGUUGCCAUCAAGAAAAUCCUCCGCGUUUUCGAGGACCUCAUCGACUGCAAGCGCAUCCUGAGGGAAAUUGCGAUCCUGAACAGACUGAAUCACGACCAUGUAGUCAAGGUGCUUGAUAUUGUCAUCCCGAAGGAUGUGGAGAAGUUUGAUGAACUCUAUGUCGUCCUCGAGAUAGCGGACUCGGACUUCAAAAAGCUCUUUCGCACCCCGGUGUACCUUACGGAACUUCACAUAAAGACUCUCCUCUACAACCUCCUCGUUGGUGUGAAGUAUGUCCAUUCUGCUGGCAUCCUCCACCGCGACUUGAAACCCGCUAACUGCCUGGUCAACCAAGACUGCAGCGUCAAGGUCUGCGAUUUCGGCCUUGCGAGAACCGUGGACUAUCCUGAGCACGGGAACUCCCAACUGCCAAUCUCUCCUCGCGAGGACGACAUGAAUCUCGUCACUGUUCCACACACCAAGAACCUCAAGCGGCAACUUACUGGGCACGUGGUCACGAGAUGGUACCGCGCGCCAGAGCUAAUUCUGUUGCAGGAGAACUACACCGAAGCCAUUGAUGUGUGGUCUAUCGGGUGCAUCUUCGCUGAACUCCUCAAUAUGAUUAAGGAAAACGUGGCGUAUCACGCGGAUCGAGGUCCCCUAUUUCCAGGCUCUUCGUGCUUCCCUCUUUCUCCCGACCAGAAAGCUGGGAACGACUUUAAAUUCCACACUCGCGGCAAUCGCGACCAGCUGAACGUCAUCUUCAACAUCUUGGGGACUCCGAGUGAAGAGGAUAUCGAGGCACUGGAGAAGGAGGACGCGAAGCGGUACAUUCGCAUUUUCCCAAAAAGAGAGGGCACGGAUUUAGCUGAAAGGUUUCCGGCUUCCUCUGCUGACGCGCUCCAUCUCCUGAAAAGGAUGCUGGUUUUUAAUCCAAAUAAACGCAUCACGAUCAACGAAUGCCUUGCCCAUCCUUUCUUUAAGGAAGUGCGAAUCGCCGAAGUUGAAACGAAUGCCACGGAGAAAGUCCGCUUGCCUUUCAAUGACUGGAUGAAUAUGGAUGAGCCUCAACUACGAUAUGCAUUCGUCAAGGAGAUCCAGCGGUACCAUCCAGAGAUUCAGUUGCCUAGGCGUUCACCAAAUCGUGCGAGCUCAUAG